UAGUGCAAAUAACCAAGUAUGAAGGUUAUGGUUUAUCCGAACAUUUUUUGAUAAUUUUAUCACAUUUUUAUGUUUUAAGUCGAGUGCAGCAAAAUGCAUGAAGUACCUGGUUUUGCGGAUCUAAAUGCAGGGGAUGGACUUAAUAAGGAUGUGGACGAGAAAGUUAAACAAAAACCCGUAAAGAAAGGUGGAGGUUUUCAAUCUAUGAAUUUGAAUUUUAAUGUUUUAAAAGGUAUAAUAAAGAGAGGCUACAAACAGCCAACUCCAAUCCAACGAAAGACGAUACCGCUUAUUCUUGAAGGUCGAGAUGUAGUAGCCAUGGCUAGAACAGGAAGUGGUAAAACGGCAGCUUUUCUCAUACCCUUGUUUGAAAAGCUUAAAUUACGAAGUGCUAAGGCGGGCGCAAGAGCUCUUAUUUUGUCUCCAACAAGAGAAUUGGCGUUACAGACGCUUAAGUUCAUAAAAGAGAUUGGUCGUUUUAUGGGUCUAAAAGCAGCUGUCAUUCUGGGUGGUGACUCUAUGGAUGACCAAUUUUCUGCUAUUCAUGGAAAUCCAGAUAUUAUAGUAGCUACACCUGGUCGGUUUUUGCAUGUUUGCAUUGAAAUGGAGCUGAAAUUAAACAGUAUCGAAUAUGUAGUACUAGAUGAAGCCGACCGGUUAUUUGAAAUGGGGUUAGGAGAACAGUUGACAGAAAUAGUUCAGAAAUUGCCAGAUACCAGGCAAACGGUGUUAUUUUCUGCUACGUUACCUAAAGUAUUGGUUGAAUUUGCUAAAGCUGGCUUAAGUGACCCAGUCCUAUUAAGAUUGGAUGUUGAAUCGAAAUUACCGACAGAACUUCAGUGUUGGUAUCUCACUGUAAGGGCGGAAGAAAAAUUAGCAGCACUGUUGGUACUUUUAAAGUCGUACUUAGAUUCUAAACAACAAACGGUGAUUUUUGCUGCUACAAAACAUCAUGUUGAAUACUUGCAUAUGAUCCUCGAUCAUGUGGGAAUAAGUAAUACAUAUAUUUAUUCUAAUCUGGAUCCAUCCGCAAGAAAAAUUCAUGCUGCAAAAUUUAGUAGUGGGAAAGUGAAGGUGCUUAUCGUAACGGAUGUUGCUGCUAGAGGUAUAGACAUACCGCAGUUGGAAAACGUUAUUAAUUAUAAUUUUCCAGCGAAAGCUAAAUUAUUUGUACAUAGAGUAGGUCGUUGUGCCAGAGCUGGCAGGUCAGGCACAGCUUAUUCCUUAAUAUCUCCCGAUGAAUACGCCUACCUACUGGAUCUACACUUGUUCCUGGGCCGUCCGCUUUCCAUAUCCACCCCAGGAAAAAAAGACGGAGUUGUCGGACGUAUACCACAAUCUCUUUUAGAAGAACAGCAAAGUUCUUUGAUAACUCUACAUGAAAAUUACGCAGAUUUGGUCAGUUUGAGGAAAGUAGCAGAAAAUGGAUACCAACAGUAUAUUAGAUCCAGACCCGCCGCAUCUUCCGAUAGUAAUAGACGAGUGAAAGAGCUCCCUUUGUCUACUUGCUCGAUUCAUUCGAUUUUUAGUAAAUUUGGAGAAAUCGCAGAGGAUGAAAGAGAGAGUUUGCUGGACAAAAUGAAGAAUUACAGACCACAAGGUACGAUAUUUGAAAUCUGUGGGAAGAAUAAGUCCCAAGAAUACCUGGCAAUGAAACAAAAAAGGGCAUUUCAUAAAGAUAAAAUAAGUGCACAUCAGCAACUCAUACAGAAGAAACAGGAGGAAUUAGAGCUGCUGACUCCCACAAAGGAAUCAAAUUUGCCGGGCACCAAUAGUGAAGAGAUUAACGACACGUUCAAAACUGUAGUCGUGCCUAAGAAGAGAAAGAUAGAGGAUUUGUACAGGACCAAUAAGAAGCAGAAGCUCAGGGAUGACAACUAUAUUCCGUACGCGCCAACUGAUCGGCAUACGGAGGAAGGGUUAGCAGUGAAUAACUUCCAAAAAGAAGCCUCGAGCGCUCAGUUAGACUUGGUGGGGGAUUCAGAGGAUGCGCUGAGACUUCAUAGGCAGUUGAAGGUUUGGGACAGAAAGAAAAAGAAAAUGGUGGCGCUUCCUAAUUCCAAGGUAGGAAAAAUAAGAACCGAGUCUGGAGCAUGGAUUCCUGCCACGUAUAAGAGUAACCGUUACGCUCAGUGGAAAGAGAAAACCAAAAUUGAUCACGACGAAGAGGACGACGAAGAAACCCCAGCUCAAAAAGAUAUUCCUCACAGUAAGUCUCACACUCACUGGGCGAGACAUAACGAAAAAGUUAAGUUACAACAAAGGAGGUCUGAAAUAAAGACGACGGACCAAAUUGUAAAGGCUAGGAUUGUCGCGGAUAAGAAAAGGUUGAAACAGAAGAAAGGGAAGGGUAAAGGGAAGAAAUCGAAGAAAAAGUUUUAAUAGUUACUUUAUUUUUAAUAUAAUACAAGCCUCUGUUUACGAAU